AUGAUUUUGAGUGAUAAAUUUAUUGAAGAAGUACAAAUUUUGGAUGGAGUCGAUUUAAAUUCAUAUGAAAAAAUCAUAAAUUUUGCUAUAAGUUACAUCGUUAAGCAUGAUACUCAAACAACAUUAGCAGAGGUGCUUGAAAUUGAUGAGAAUGAAGCAGAUAGAUACUUCAGGUUGGCAUUGAAAUUGGUGUCCUAUUUUGGGAAGUUCAAAUUUGGGGAUAGAUAAUUCAGACAAAAUGUAGAAUUCCUGAAAUUCAAGGAAGACAGAAAAGCAUUGUUUUUACAAAAAUUAGAGGCAAAUUCAACUUAGUUGCACAAGAGACUCAGUUUCAUCGAGUCAGACGGCAUGCCUUAUUAUAAGAAUUUGGAAUGGAGAUACGACAUCUAAAUAGCAUCCAGAGGGUAUGAGGAGGAGUUCAAGCCCAGAAUAUUUAUGAAAUUUGAUUUGGAGUACGACAAUUCAAGAGAAUGCGGAAAAAUCGAGUAAGUAUUUUUGGAGACCGAUUAUGCGAACCUCAAAAACCUUUAAUAGGAGAUAAGCUAUUUAGUGUCGCAAUUAGAAUCAGCCAGAUAAUAAAAAAUAAAGAAGCUGGGUUAGAUGUUAUGA